CUGCCACUCCCCGCUCAGGCCUUCACGGGCGCGCGCCUCUGCUUCUGCGCGCGCUGUCACGCUUUACUACCAACGGGUUCGGAAUUCCAGGGAGGAAGUCGCCGAGAUUGGGAAACGAACAACUCCGAAGAUCCCUGAAAACUAACCUGGAUACGAGAAGAAACCAGAACACGGGCAUUCCUCACCGGGGAACAGUAGGAACAGCCAACUUUGGACUAUGGACUAGAGGCGCCGGGUCGCAGCAGAUGGAGGCGGCGAGAAGUUUGGUGUUUGUCGGGGCCGUGCUGCUCGGAGUGACGGGCGCGUUGGCCAGAGAAGUAUGCCUGGGCACAGACAUGAAGCUGGCCCUGCCCUCCAGCCUGGAAAAUCACUACGAGACCCUGAAGCUGCUCUACACCGGCUGCCAGGUUGUCCACGGCAACCUGGAGAUCACACAUCUUCAUGGAAACCCUGACCUAUCCUUCCUACAGGGGAUCGUGGAGGUACAGGGCUAUGUACUUGUAGCCCAUGUGUCAGUGAGUCUGUUGCCUUUGGACAGCCUUCGGAUCAUAAGAGGCAGCCAGCUGUACAACUCCAGCUACGCCCUGGCUGUGCUAGAAAACACUCAGGGUGGACAGGGGCUCAGGACACUCCGGCUUCGUAGCCUCACAGAGAUCCUGUUGGGUGCGGUGUAUAUUUGGGGGAACCCCCAGCUGUGCUUCCCAGACCCCCAGAACAUCGUCUGGAGGGACACUUUGGACGAAAAGAACAUCGACGCCAGGCUGCACCGACUGCAGCCUCGGGCCCCUAAAUGUCCAAGUUGUUCGCCUGCAUGUGGGGAAAGCUGCUGGGGAGAAACAGCACAGGACUGCCAGACCUUGACCCGUAUUAAAUGUGCAUCUGGCUGUCAGCGGUGUAAAGGUCCCCUUCCCAGUGACUGCUGUCACAUGCAGUGUGCUGCUGGAUGCACAGGACCCAAAGACUCAGACUGUCUGGCUUGCCGCCACUUCAAUGACAGCGGUGUGUGUAAGGAGAGCUGUCCUCCUCCCACUAUCUACGACACUGUCACCUUCCAGACCAAAUCCAACCCAAACAAGAAGUUUAACUUUGGUGCCACCUGCGUCAAGACAUGUCCUUAUAACUAUCUGGCUAUGGAAGUGGCUUGUACUUUGGUUUGUCCCGGAGCCAACCAGGAAGUUGUCAUCAGCAGCCCUGAUGGAAACGAGACGCAGAAAUGUGAAAAGUGCGAAGGAGACUGUCCCAAAGUGUGUUAUGGUCUGGGCAUGGACAACCUCGGCGUCAUGGAAAACCAUGGCGUCACCAUGGUAACAUCUUCCAAUGUGGAGAAGUUCAACAAGUGUAAGAAGAUUUUUGGCAGUCUGGCCUUUCUCCCUCAGAGCUUUGUAAGGGACCCUGCGAGUAACACAUCAGGCCUGACCCUGGAGCAGCUGAGCUCCUUCAAGAAUCUGGAGGAGAUUACAGGUUAUUUGUACAUUGAUGCCUGGCCAGAAGAGUGGACUAACCUGAGUGUGUUUGAGAACCUGAAGGUGAUCAGAGGCAGGAUGCUCUACAAGGGUGUGUUUUCACUGGCCAUCCAGAAUCUACACAUCCGGUCUCUUGGGUUGCGUUCACUGCGCAGCGUCAGUGGAGGUUUGGUCCUGUUGCAUAACAACUCCCAGCUGUGCUACACCAAUUCUCUGCCUUGGGACAAUCUCCUCCAUCCCACCCAGGGACCCCAUCGCAUCGUCAGCCAGAACCAGGACGCCCAGCGCUGUGAGGAUGAGGGGCGUGUGUGUCACCCACUGUGUGAGGGGGGCUGCUGGGGCCCAGGGCCCAGCCAGUGUGUGUCCUGCACGGCUUUCCAACGCGGCACUGAGUGUGUAGAGCAGUGUGACAUCUAUCAGGGGUCUGUCCGUGAAUACACAGAUGGAUCUUUGUGUGUUGCCUGUCACGCAGAGUGUCGAGCUAUCAACGGCUCUGCCUCCUGUCAUGGACCGGGUGCAGAACACUGUUCAGAGUGUCGAAACUUCCAGGAUGGUGAGUUCUGUGUGGAUCAUUGUCCCAGCGGUGUCAAGGAGGAUCAGCAGACCGUAUGGAAGUACAGCAACGCCACAGGACACUGUCUGCCCUGCCACACCAACUGCACGCUGUCCUGCACCGUGAUGGACGACAGAGGCUGCCCCAUCGACACCAGGACAGGACCGGGUACAACCAUCGCAGCUGCAGUGGGUGGGGUGGUGCUCUUCUUCAUCCUGCUGGCUCUGCUGAUCUUCUACCUGAGGAGGCAGAAGAAGCUGAAGAGGAAGGAGACGAUGAGGAGGAUCCUGCAAGAACAUGAGCUGGUGGAGCCUCUAACACCCAGCGGCGCGUCACCCAAUCAGGCUCAGAUGCGUAUCCUGAAGGAGACUGAGCUUAAAAAACUCAGGGUGCUGGGUGCAGGGGCCUUUGGGACUGUUUACAAGGGAGUGUGGGCUCCUGAUGGGGAAAAUGUGAAAAUACCAGUGGCCAUCAAGGUGUUACGAGAGAACACCUCGCCAAAGGCCAACAAAGAGAUCCUUGAUGAGGCCUAUGUGAUGGCAGGUGUGGCCAGCCCCUACGUCUGCCGGCUGCUCGGGAUUUGUCUGACCUCCACAGUGCAGCUGGUCACUCAGCUGAUGCCGUACGGCUGCCUUCUCGACUAUGUCAGGGAGAACAAGGACCGCAUCGGCUCCCAGUUCCUCCUCAACUGGUGUGUCCAGAUCGCCAAGGGGAUGAGUUAUUUAGAGGAGGUCCGGCUGGUUCACAGAGAUUUGGCUGCCCGCAAUGUUCUGGUCAAAAACCCGAAUCAUGUGAAGAUCACUGAUUUUGGUCUGGCCCGUCUGCUCGAUAUAGACGAGACUGAAUAUCACGCUGAUGGAGGGAAGGUGCCAAUUAAAUGGAUGGCUUUGGAGUCUAUUCUGCACAGAAAGUUCACUCAUCAGAGUGACGUCUGGAGCUACGGUGUGACGGUCUGGGAGCUGAUGACGUUUGGUGCUAAACCCUACGACAUGAUCCCAGCCAGAGAAAUCCCAGAUGUUUUAGAAGGAGGAGAGCGACUUCCCCAGCCGCUCAUCUGCACCAUCGACGUCUACAUGAUUAUGGUCAAAUGUUGGAUGAUUGACCCAGACAGCAGGCCGAGGUUCAGAGAUCUGGUGAAUGAUUUUAGCACGAUGGCCAGAGAUCCACCUCGCUAUGUAGUCAUUCAGAACGACGAGCAGAUGAGCAUGUCCAGCCCAGUGGACAGCCAGUUCUUCCGAAUGCUUCUGGAGGAGGAAGGAAACAACAUGAGGGAGCUGCUGGAUGCUGAGGAGUAUCUGGUGCCUCAGCCAAACCUCUUCCCCAGGACUCAGGGAGACGGGGCCCAAGCCAACGGGCCAUCCAGACACCAGUCAUACAGGCAGAGCAGAGAUCAGGGCUUAAAUGUGGAGCCCUCUGUCGCCGGCGGCCCUCGCAGCAUGUACUCCUCCCUGAGCACUCUUGGCCGCAGCCAGUACCCUACCUUACCUUUAGGAGCCAGCACCUCCAACGGCAUAUGGAUUCCUCAGUACCCAACGCUGGCUCGCAGCACCUCGGCCGGGGGCCAGUCUGACUCUGUCUUCCUGGAUGGGCCUCCAGAUGACCCCACGCUGCCCCCGGCCAGCCCCGGACGCUACAGCAAAGACCCCACAUACUCCAACGGGAGCCAGGGCGACUUGGAGACAGAUGGGCCAAAUGGCUUCCAUCAUCCUCCUCUCCUUCAUCACUCACUGCCCAGACGGACUCAUGGGUAUAAUCAUAAUCAUCCCUUGCCAGAGUAUGUCAACCAGGAGAUUCAGGAUCUCAGGCCGGGGAUCCCAGACCGGCCCAGCACUUUGCCUCGUAAAGGCGCCAGAGUAGACCGGCGCCUCCCUAACGGCCUGAGCUCUGGUCACAGUGUGGAAAACCCGGGUUACUUGGUCCCCGUGGGUGCAGUGUCCGCCACCUCUCCAGCCUUUGAUAACCCGUACUACCUGGACCUCGUAGCCAAAGCUAACGCUGUACCCGAGGUUGCAGACAGUCCUGAGAUGAGAGACGGAGGAGUGCCCAAGCACGUGAAUGGGUUUGUAACCCCCACGGCAGAGAAUCCAGAGUAUCUGGGACUAGCGGACACCUGGAGUGGAUAUACUUGAGGAGAGGGAGUAAUGUGAUGAACUCAAGAGGAGUCACAGCUUGCGUUCUACUGAGUGAGUCGAGGAGCGAGAGAAAGGGAAGAUGAAUAGUUGUGUGACAGAAACGAGCUGGGUGUAUGAUUGAUUUUGGGAUAAGUGCGUUUAUACGGAGCUGAAUCUUCUCUCGAUAAGCACCUGAAUCCAAAGCGGUCGAGGUUUUCCAGCACCGCAUCACCCAGUUGUGACACACCAUGGCUCAACACAGUGUAGCAUUAAUCUGGUGUCUGUGGCAUCAUUUGUAUUCCUGUCUUCCUCUCAGCAAUCUGUGUGACUGUUAAGUGCCAAAAAAGAAGUUCACUCAGCCUUUGUAUAUAACUCUGUACUUGAUAAACAGAGGAGUUCACGUUUGUCAACAACCUGUCAUGGUACGAGAAGGGUCUCAUCAUCACAGGAUCCAACAUUUGAUCGGUUUAAUGAACGCUGAGGGUUUUUUUAAUGUUCAUUUAACAUGUUUUAAUGUCUGGUUGUUUCAACAACACGUGAAGCUUUUUUUUUUUUUUUUUUGUAUUUCCCUCAGUUCCUUCUCGAUAUGCUCCUCAGCCCAGCUAAAAAAGUGUAAAAGCAAAAAACACUUUGACAAAGUGAGCCAUGAUAUGCACUGAAGGUGGUGUUUAGUAUUCUGGUCACUUUGUCUCUGACCUGAUGGGGGUCUUCAACACACUCAAAGCCAUUUUGUUUUGGCCGGAGAAGGCCCUGCAGCCCAUCUGGCCAGUAAACAUGCUCCCUGAAAGAAAGGCAUCCUGUAUGGAGAAGACAGAGGCAUUGUGCCACACUGAUGUAUGUGGUUGUUAGUGUCUCGGCUGCAGCUACUUUGUGGUACGACAGAGGGGAUACGAGGUACUAGGCAAGACUUUUUAAGCUGAAAAAUCAUGUUUUUGUCGUAGAGACAAAGUGUACUUGUCACCAAGUUAGAGCCGACUUUUCAGGGAUUUAUGAUUUUGCAUAUAAUUUGGGAAAAAUAUGCACAUUUUGAAUUAUGCACCAUGCACUACAUGUUACUGCAUACGUCCCCCAUGCUUGUGUUAUCACAAUGAGCCUUUUGGUUUUGGUGGCCUUUCACUGUGUAAGAAAGCAUUACAAGCUAUAAGUGAGUAUAUUCCACAACAAGUGAAGAA